AUGGUAGUUACGGAAGAUUGCAGAUCCAAUAUACUGUUUGCCAUCCCCAUCUGUGAUAUUCAUAGCACAUGUCCUUUCUACGAUGAGGCGCAGCCUGAGGAAUCCAGAGGUGGCAAAACUGUGAGGUGGAAUCUGAACACUGCCACGCCCUCGACCGCGAAACAGGCUAGACCUGAUACCAUGGCCUGCAAGAUUCCAUGCCUUGGAUGUGCCAGAAGCCAUGCCAGCAGCAGCUCCGAUGGACCCUGUCACGAUGUUCAGGGCUGGCCAGAGAAGCCGGUGUACAAUGGCAAUGCCUAUACCUAUACUGCGACCUACCAUGGCGGAACAGGGACACUCCGGCUAUUCGCUCAUCAUAUCACUGCGCCUGCAACGCCAGAAGGGCGGCCUGAGUACCAUAUGAACCAGCUUAGGAUAUUUGGCAUGACGGGUAUACAUGCAACCUUUGCUGAAGGAGCUACUGCCUAUAAGAACCUUAGGGAUCUGGCGAAGCAGCACCGAGACAUGUUUAUUCAGGAUGCAAAUGCGAGAUACCAAGCAGAGGUCAGGCUUAUUUCGUAA